AUGAGUGCAAGUACUCUUGUGACUGUGGCUUCGGCUGCAUCUGGUAUUGCUAUUGUUGUUUGUGUAUUCACUGUUGGAAUGAUCUUCAAUGACAUCAACUCAUUUUAUGAUGAGAAGAUUGGAGAGCUUCAGGAGUUCAAAGGAUACGAACAAGUCGCUUGGAAAGCAAUGAUUCCAACUACUCGUCCAUCAUCUGGAUCUUCUUUCCUUAUGGGAAGAAACAAGAGACAAGCCGAGUGUAACUGCGGGGCUCAAUCCCGUGGAUGUCCAGCUGGACCACCAGGACCACCAGGACAACCAGGAGCUCGUGGAGAGCCAGGACUUCCAGGAAUUGCCGGACAACCAGGAUCUGGAGCCCGAAUCAACCCAGCUACCGGAAAACCAGGAUUCUGUAUCACUUGCCCAGCCGGAGCUCCAGGACCAGCUGGACCACCAGGAGCUCCAGGACCAAAGGGAAAUAACGGACAACCUGGAGCUCCAGCUCAGUCUGGAGGACGUGGACCACCAGGGCCACGUGGACCAGCUGGAGAUGCCGGUUCACCAGGACAACCAGGACACCCAGGGUCUCCAGGAAACCCAGGACGUGGAGGACAACGUAGCCGUGGAACUCCAGGAGCCGCUGGAAGACCAGGACCACAAGGACCAGCUGGAGGACCAGGACAACCAGGAAGAUCUGGAGGAGCUGGAACUCCAGGACCACAAGGACCACCAGGACCAAAUGGACAACCAGGACGUCCAGGAAACGAUGGAACACCAGGAGCACCAGGAAACAACGGAGCUCCAGGAGGAGAUGCCGCAUACUGCCCAUGCCCAGCCCGUUCCGCUGUCAUGGCCUCCCGUGUUGCUGUCAACCGUCACGUCGCCGUCAACCGCAACGUUGCUCGCAACCGUGUCGUUGCCCGCCACCGUAUCGCAGCUCGUCGCCGUGUUGCCGUUCAACGCAGAGCCCGUGUCCACGCGCAAGCUAUUUAG